AAUGAUAUGAUUGAACUAAUGCCAUAGCUAGGAGUUUUUUCUGAAUGUUUAAUUAAGUCUGUUUAUAGAAAUCUUUAUCCUCUAACUAUAAUCUAUAUUCACAAACUGUAGAGUUUGGUUAAUUAAUAAACCUAAAAUUACAAUUAAUAUAUUAUUAUUAAUACGUAGGACAUCGAUGCUAUCAAUAUCUGACGAGCUCGAGUUACGAGUAGCUUAAAUAAAUAAGUAGAAAAUAUCGAAGUAUUAAAUAUCGAUCAGCAAGUAGUACUUGAGCUUUAAUAAUUGAAAUAUAUUGUUUAUUUAACCUGUUGCUUCACUCUUAGUUUCACUGAGAGAUUGAGAAGAAACUAUAUUGUAAAUACAAGUUUUUCAAACAAUAAUAAUAAGUGCUAUGGCCCAAAUUGAAGUUAUAAGCGCGGAUAAAUAUAUCGAAUAUGCUCGGCAACUUACUUUAAAUGAAUCUUAUACUAAAGCUUUUGAAGUGUAUUUGAUUGCUUUUGAAAAGUUUCCAGCACUGAAAGAGCUCUACGAACCUGAAUUUCGUUUAGUUAUCAACAAAGUAAAUGAUGUAUUAAUAUGCGCCGAUAAAAUACACGAUAUAUUUUCUAAUUUUUCGCGUGCUAUAUCCCUAUUUUCAGGAAAUGUGUACCUUUUGAAUGAACUAGGAAAGUAUCUUUACAAGUUUGGUUACUAUUCUGAUGCAUGGCUUCAGUUUCAUAGAGCUUUAAAAGUCGAUGCGGGUUUUGUUAAUGCAGAAAAGAAUUUAAAUUCUGUUAAAAAUUUCCUAGUUGAGAGAUGGCACUUCCGAAUGUUAAAUGAUGUUAUAAGAAAUGAAACUUACAGGGCAGCAAUUCAUGAUGUUAUAAGACCAAGAGAGGACAGUAUAUUGGAUAUUGGUUGUGGUACUGGCCUACUUUCUCUAUAUGCAAAUGAAUGUAAUCCAAAAGCCAUAGCAGCAUGCGACAGCUCUGAAGUAAUGGCUAAUAUAGCUAAUACAGUUUUUAAUGAUAAUGCUCUAGAUCAGGUGAUAAUUGUAAAUAAAAAUUCAACAGUGUUACAUGAUACUGAUAUUGGUGGCAAAUGCAGUGUCCUUAUCACAGAGUUAUUUGAUGCUGGGCUCUUUGGAGAACACAUUUUAACAGCUCUAUAUCAUGCACGGAAAAAUUUGCUACUUGAAAAUGCUAAGGUUUUACCAUCUUCUGCAGAGUUUUUUGUCAUUGGUGUUAACUGCUAUGAGCUUAUUAACAAAUACCAACUUUGUAAAGCUAGUAAGGAUAUCUUGAAUGUUCCUUUCUUAAAUACACAUAUUUUACUUGAUGAUGAAUCUUAUGAUUGUGAAGAUAUUCAGUCUUACAAAACAUUGAAAUAUAUUACAGAACCAAAGUCUGUUACAACUAUUGAUUUUAAUGAUAUUAACAACAUAGAAGAUAAGUUAAAUAAUUCAGAGCCAACAAUUGUGCAAAUGACUGCCACACAAGAUGGAGAGGUUAACAGUUUUAUUGGAUGGUUUAGCUUAAUUUUGACUCAAAAAUAUAAAUUGUCUACUGAUCCACAGUCACCCACAAGAGCGAAAGCUUGGCAAAAUGCAGUAUUCUUUGAUAAAAUACCUCAAACAGUAAAAAAAGAUGAGAGGUUUGUAUGUAAAUUUUCUUUGCAGCAUGGGAAAAUUACUCUGCUUCCCGAGUCUAAUAUAAUGAUUACUAGGGUUUCACCAGAAGUUAUUCGAUUUUUAAAUGAUUUAGAAUACUUAAAAAAAAUUACUAGCUGUUUGGGUCUAGCUUGUGUAUAUUUAGGACAAAUGACAGAAAUGUCCGAUAUGAGUAUAGUAGAUUUGUGCCCAUUCCCAUUUUUUGGCAUGCAGAUGCUGAAAAGAGGGAUAAAAUCCAUUGUGUGUUGUGCAAAAACUGAAUUUGAUAAAAGUUUUAUGGAUGAAGUUUUUAAAGCUAAUGGUAUUGAUCUGUCAAAAAUAUCAUAUUUGAUUGGUGAUGGCUGGAAUCAAGACAGUUUUGGCGAUGAGAAAUAUCACGCCGUCUUUUGUAAUAUGCUUGAAGUUGGCGGAGAUAUUGAUUUACGCUAUAAGGAUGUUGCUCUUUAUUUGAAGCAGACAAGGCUUUUGCCAGGAGGGCUCUUCUUACCAACAAAAAUUUCACUUAUUGCUCAGAUUGCUCGAUGUGAUUCUUUAGAUAUUAAUAACCGACUAUAUGACAAGAAUAUUAGUGAUUUCAAGAUCUCUCAGCAUUUGAAUAGAUAUCAAGCUUCACAGAAUUUUUGCCUCGAUUAUUCUCUUUUAGACUUUAUACCUCUUUCAGCACCAACUGAGUUAGGAGAAUGUAUGAAUAUGGCAUCUGAUGUAAUUAAUGUUGCCAUAAAAAAAACUGAAAAUGCAAACUGUAUACUUUGCUGGUAUAACAUAGAAUUGAUGGAGAGUUUAGGAGAGAUUUCUACAAAAAGGCCAAACUGCUUCAUUGAUGGCACAGCAUUUUUGGCAGAUCCUCAUAUUUUUAUGAGGCAGGGGGAUAUUGCUAAUAUUCUGCACUGUGUAGAUUGUGAUGGAUCAUUUAAAUUGAUGCUGGAUGUGGAAGCCACGUAGGAUUUAAAUUUGGAAAAAUAUUUUAAGAUACAUUAAACAUCUGUCAGCAAUAUUCUUUAUAUUGCUUUUAUUCCUUGUGUAUUAAAAAUUUAUGGUGAUCUUGGGAAAGGAAAACAGUAGGAACUAAAAAGCAGAUAUUUUUUUUGUUAUCUUUUCUCACGGGUCUAAUUUAGACACAUUAGACCAGUUAACUGAUCUCAUAAAAAUAUAUUUCAUAAUAGAAAAAUAUAUUUAUUUAUCUAUUUUAAUUACUAUAUCAAGUAAUAUAUAAAACUUGUGAUGUAGAGUAAAAAUCAUAUAUAUUAAAUUUAUUUCAUUGUGGCAUGUUGUCAUAUUUGUAUAAGGUGUAAUUUAGAAAAAUAAAUGUUUUUAGAUACACCAAUGUUUUAUUCAUCAUAUUAAGUAAUUUGUCAUUACAUGAUAAAUUGUAACACUUAUAGCAAAUAAUUGUACAUCAUUAUUCAUGUUGGUAAAUUGAUUAAUAUAGUAUAAUAAUUAACUUUGAAGAGUAUCUAUAUAAAUCUGGUGUGAAUGGUUACUUACACACAGGAAAA